AUGGCCGGUCCGCUGCUCCAGGGCGACCUCUCCGCCGCCCACAGCGACCACGACCACGAGAGAUGGACCUAUGCCGGCCCUGUGCGCAAAGCCAUCGCCGUCCUGCAAUAUGCCUAUCCCAUCGUUAUGCUCGUCUUCUUUCUGGCUGCCUUCACCGUUCGCAGCAUUGCCGCUUCUAAAUCUAAUUCUAAUAUCGCCAAACCUACCACAACCGGCCCUGGGGGAAAGCCGCUUCCUGCCACCGAUCCUACCCGCAACUUCGUCAAGAAGCUGGUCCACGAUGAUGUCACGCACACCCAGAAGCGCGUCUUUGAAUGGGUCUCGCUGGCCACGGCCUUCACCUUUGUCGGCAACUCGGUCGUAGUCAUUGCCCACGCUCUGGCCGAGACGCAGGAGCACUGGUGGGCUGGCAAGUCCGUCGUGAUUUACCUCGUCGGCGCCUUCUUCGUCUACUGUCUCUUCCUCAUCUCCCUCCUCGAUUCCAAGCCAUCUCCGACCGAGGCGCAUCUGGCAACAUGGAGUCUGGCAACAGUCCUAGAAAUAGUCCUCGUCGCCCUCUCGUUUGCCGUUUAUACGCACCCUCACAAGGAGCCCACCGCCGGCCCACCGGCCAAGCGACUACGAUUUGGAAUGACCCAGUGGGAGUCCGCCGAGGUCGCCAUGGACCUACUUCGCAUCCUACUGCUCCUCGCACUCAUCACCUUCUACGUACUGUUCGUCGUAGUGCCACAGCGCAAAUCCCAGCGAGAGUCCGGAAGUCCAUCUGAAAACACUUCCCUGCUAGGUAGCGCCGAUCAAAACGGUCAUGCGGAGAACGGUCACGCGAACGGCUCAUAUGGCUCAGUCCACCCCGUCGGUGGCAAACAUCAGCACACCGAGGGUGCACCGCCCGCCUGGAGCAGGCCUACUGGCGCACCUGCGCGCAGUUGGUGGGAAUAUAUCAAAGGCUAUCACGUCUUCUUCCCUUACCUCUGGCCUUCCAAGGAUCGCAAGCUGCAGCUCGUAGUCAUCGCGUGUUUCUUGCUCGUCCUAGCGCAGCGCGCCGUCAACGUUGUCGUGCCAGAUCUCACAGGUGAGAUUGUGGACCGCCUCAAGGACCCUUCGAGAGGAAAUCCAUGGACUGCCAUUAUGCUCUACAUUGGCUUUCGCUUUCUGCAGGGUAGCAAUGGUCUACUCGGUGCGGCGCGAUCUGCAUUGUGGAUUCCUGUUUCGCAGUAUUCGUAUCGCGAACUGUCAGUUGCGGCAUUUGAGCACGUGCAUAGUCUUAGUCUUGACUUCCACCUCGGCAAAAAGACUGGCGAGGUCCUAUCCGCCCUAGGAAAGGGCAGUUCCAUCAACACGUUCCUCGAGCAGGUGACCUUUUCAGUGGUGCCCAUGCUCAUUGAUUUGGCCGUUGCCAUUGCCUAUUUCCUCGUCAGAUUCGAUGCUUACUACGCCCUGGUUAUUGCCAUCAUCACCUUCUGGUACAUCUAUCUGACCAUUCGCAUGGCGCAGUGGCGCGCUGAGAUCCGUCGAGAAAUGGUCAAUGCCGAUAGAGAAGAAGAUGCAGUCAAGAACGACUCCAUGGUUUCAUAUGAGACGGUCAAGUAUUUCAACGCCGAAGCGUACGAAUUCAACCGCUACCGUGAAGCUGUUAGGAAGUAUCAGAACGCUGAGUACAAGGUCAUGUUAUCGCUGAACAUCAUGAACAUCACACAGAACAUGGUUUUCAUGAUCGGACUACUCGUCACAUGCUUCAUUGCAGCAUACCAAGUUGCGGCCGGAAUUCUCGAGGUCGGCAGAUUUGUGUCGCUUCUCACGUAUAUGAGCCAACUGCAAAGCCCUCUCAACUUCUUUGGUACCUUUUACCGGAUGAUCCAGUCUGCCAUGAUCAACUCUGAGCGCAUGCUUGAGCUGUUCAAAGAGCAGCCCACCGUGGUCGACAAGGAGGAUGCCCAACCUUUGGCCUCGUGUGAGGGUAAUCUUCGCUUCCAGGAUGUACACUUUGCCUACGAUCAGCGCAAGCCAGCGCUGACAGGCCUCGACUUUUACUGCGAGCCAGGCACGACUACUGCUUUUGUUGGUGAAUCCGGUGGAGGUAAAUCGACCGUCUUCCGUCUACUCUACCGAUUCUACAACACCAUGUCUGGUAGCAUCCAGGUUGAUGGACAUGAUGUUGAAGAUCUUACCAUCGACUCGGUGCGCAGCCACAUUGGCGUUGUGCCUCAAGACACUGUGCUCUUCAAUGAGACACUCAUGUAUAAUCUCAAGUAUGCAAACCCAGAGGCAACCGACGAACAGGUGCACGAGGCGUGUAGAGCUGCCAGCAUCCACGACAAGAUUAUGACGUUCCCGGACAAGUAUGAGACCAAGGUUGGUGAUCGCGGCCUGCGACUUUCCGGAGGUGAGAAGCAGCGUGUCGCUAUUGCCCGCACGAUUCUGAAGAACCCUCGUAUCAUCAUGCUUGACGAAGCUACUGCCGCUCUCGACACCGAGACGGAGCAACACAUCCAGGAAGCAUUCACGACACUGGCCAAGGGCCGCACUAUGCUCAUCAUCGCUCAUCGUCUUAGUACCAUCACCCAUGCUGACCAGAUUCUCGUCUUGCAUAAGGGCAAGGUUCAGGAGCGGGGAACGCAUGAAGAGCUGCUUGAUCGCAACGGCCACUACGCCGCCAUGUGGAAGAAGCAAAUCCGCGCUCAGAGAGCCGCUGAGCAAGCUCAGUACCUUAAAGACAAGGCUGAUAGACUGCGCCGGGAGUCCAAGGAUGGAACCAUUGGCUUCGAAGACGGAAGCAGCAGCCACUCAAGUUCUGAUGACGAGAAUGCGAAGAAGAUUCGCUCUAUAAGUCAGAACGCGUCGAAUCAAGAGGAAACGUCAGGUAAACCGCAUGGCCAUCCUUAG